CAUAAAUGCGCCGCCCCGCCUGAGUAACGUUCCUUAAACCUUUAGGUCUCGCUCGUCGAUCCUACUUUUUCACUUCCAUGUAGCUUUCAUGAUUUGAAGAUUUCGAGAAAUUAAUUGGCCUCACACCGUCCGCUCACUUGCUCGUUUCCCUCCACCGAUUCGGAACGCCGAACUAUAGUCGAGCAAGAUGUUGCUGCGAUUACUGAUCUUUUUGGGAUGUCUUGCCCUCGUGGCAUUGGGUGCGGAAGACUUCUAUAAGUUGCUAGGAUUGAAGAAAGAUGCUUCCGAGCGUGAAAUUAAGAAGGCAUACCGGACACUGAGCAAGAAGUAUCACCCAGACAAGAACCCUGGGGACGAAUCGGCCCACGAUAAGUUUGUUAAGGUAGCCGAAGCCUACGACGCUCUGAUCGACGAAGAAACCCGCCGAAUCUACGACCAAUACGGCCACGACGGCCUCGAACAACACAAACGCGGUGGCGGCCGUCCAGCACAGCACCACGACCCCUUCGACCUCUUCUCACGCUUCUUCGGCGGCUCUGGACACUUCGGACAUGGUGGUGGCCAACGACAGGGCCCAGACAUGGAGGUUCGAGUUUCGGUUCCCCUCCGAGACUUCUACAACGGCAGGCAGACAGAAUUCACGGUUGAAAAGCAAGCGAUCUGCUCUGCGUGCGAGGGCUCAGGAUCAGAAGACGGACACGUCGAGACAUGUAACGUCUGCGGUGGACGCGGCGUUCGGAUUCAGCGACAGCAACUUGCACCGGGCCUGUUCCAACAGGUCCAAGCCAUGUGCGAUGCGUGCGGUGGCAAAGGAAAGACGAUCAAGCACCCUUGCCCUGUCUGCGACGGGACGAGAGUUGUCAGAGAGGCCGAAACCCACGAACUUCAUGUCGAGAAAGGCAUGCCACAGGGCGUACGAAUCAACUACGAGAACGAGGCGGACGAGAGCCCAGACUGGGUUGCUGGAGACCUGGUGGUACAUCUCACGGCCACCGAGCCCAAGCUUGGGGGAGCAGACCACGAGCGAACAGACGGCACAUUCUUCCGUCGCCGAGGCCAGGAUCUCUUCUGGCGAGAGGUGCUCAGUCUACGGGAAGCAUGGAUGGGCGACUGGACUCGCAACAUCACACAUCUCGACGGUCACAUCGUACAGCUUUCUCGCAAGCGUGGGGAAGUGGUACAGCCAAAUACCGUUGAGAUCAUUGAGAACGAAGGCAUGCCGGUAUGGCACCAAUACCUCCCCGAGGGCGUCGACGAGGCAUUCGGAAAUCUCCACAUCGAGUACACCGUCAUACUACCCGACCAGAUGGACAAAGGCAUGGCGAAAGAGUUCUGGAGUGUCUGGGAGAAGUACCGCAAGAAGAGCGGCAAAAACCUUGACCAGGAGUUGGGUCGCCCCGAGGGUCCAAUCAAGAUGCCCGACGGGCAUGAUGAGCUAUAGAAUUCUAUGAUUUAGCAAUGUAAAUUAUCAAGCUUUCGUAACGAACGGGAGGAGAUAGAUAGACAGGGAAAUACCCCAUGGCGACUGGACUGUCUUAAGGAGAAACGAAAGGAGUUUGGUGCUAUACAACAGCGGUUGAUGAUAGAGAGUAAAUAGAUGCUCAAACAUUUC